AUGGGCGACGCCGACAGCAUCACCAUCUCUCUACUACCCGUCUCCCUCUCUCUGUCCAUCUCCCCCCCCCACCUUCCUCAAGUCACCUGCAACGAAGUCGAGGUCAGCCUCUUCGCCGAGCACGACACCCUCCAAGAGUUCCACGACGCCGCACGCAAGGACGCACGCCGUCUGCGCAAGCGACGGUCCCACUCCCCGCGCCCCCCGCAAAAGCGGGUGAGCGAGAUCUGGGAGCCUGUCGAGGUCACUCAGGAGCGGUGGAAGGUCCUCCAGAUCGACUCCCAUUCGGACACACUCGACUCUUCCGGCGCGCGAGUGCACGAGCUCUCUGCACCUCUGGCCGCCGCCGGCAUCUCCAUCCUCUAUCAGUCCUCGUACAUGAGCGAUUUCAUAUUCGUCAAGGAAGCGCGGUUGACGGAAGUGAUGUCCCUUCUGGGAUCGGCGGGAUUCGACCUAUACCUAUCCGAUCCUACCCACCUAACCGCGCAAGUCUCUGCAUUCACCUCACCGUUGAUGUCGCCCGUAGGCAUCGAAGACCAGGCUUUCGACUUCAGCCAUUCGGGGAGGAACAGCUUAGACACCGACGGCGGCAUCGUCUUCACCCGGUCAAGAAGCAACACGAACGGCACCACGAGCAGCUCAGGCUCGCGUUCACGAGGCGGCCUGUCGCAGCGGAUGACUUCGCCAUUGGAGGAUGCCUUUCCUGCAUUGGUUUCCGACGACGCCGUACCCACACUCGCUUCGCCAACGGCAGACUCUCGGCCGUACUCCACGCGUUCGAACUCGCAUUCACCCUCGGCGUGCGACGUGCGGGUGCUGUCUCCCGACAUCACCUACGUUGGUCUGUCCGACGACAGCGCCGAGACCUGGGGACUCAAAAUCGUCAAGCUCGUCGCAUUCCCGGAGCUCAUCAUGGGGAGCGCGAGGGCGUCCGCUCACGACGGCGCACACCCUCCCCGGCGCUACUCGAGCGCUCCCAGAGGAGCACCUCCGGGUGCUGUCUCUGAGCGAAAACGAGGCCGGGAGUGGGAGCGACACCACCACACGCGUCGCGCCAGAGUCUCCAAGAAGGACCCGGCGGACCGCGAGAGCUCCGCGUCUCCGACGUUCGACGCCGAACAGGACACGUCGGUCGACCCUUCCGUGGCGGACGACGACGACGGCGAUGACGAGCAGGAGAGCGGGCGCCCGACUUUACGGCACCUGGACUCCGUCCAAACGGCGCGGCCGCCCGCGCGGGGGAUGUCACUUCGGUCGCGCUCGGUGUCGGUCGCGUCCACAUCGUCGAGCAUCUCGGAGCCGGAGCCGCUCGUGCCCUUUUUCUCGUUCACGCGCACGCAGGAGGGGUCGUCUCUCGCUGCGCCAGUGUCGCUGCUCGCGACGUUGUUCCCAGCCAGCGAGCGGCACAUGGUGAUGUGCUCCCAAGAGCUCGACGUCGUCGACUCGCGCAACGCAUCGCCGGAGCGGUGGGCGGAAGAGGAUCAGGACGGCGACGACGAUGACAACGCGGAUGGAGAGCUGCCUCCUCCGUCGGGUUCGCUCAAGUGUUUGCAGAUCGAUCUGCGCAAAUUCGGUCUGGAGAAACACGGUCUGGUGAAUCGCUUCUCCGAACGCUGGAGGAGAACGGAUCAACCACAUGUACAGUUCGACGUACAAGACGCAAACCUCCUCGUCGACAAGGCCCACGCCAACCGAGCACAGGCGCUCUUGCGUUCAUGCUGA